AUGUCUUUUCUCCAAUGGAUGCGCCAGGCUCUGCAACAGCAGAACCAACAGCCAUGUGACCAACAGGAUGAUGAGUACUGCAACGGAGAGUAUUAUGUCGAGGGGGGGUACGACGAGGAACUGGAGCGGGAGGCGGGCAAUGUCGGGUAUGGGUACAGGGAUUUUAUUAGCAGCGACGACGACGACUCGGUGAUGGCGAAGCCGGCCAGAAGGGUAACCAGGGCUCAGACGAGGGCUCAAGCUGCCGCUGCUGCGGCGGCGAGCGCUGCUCAAAACACUGGUACGGCUGGUCAGCAGCAGCAGCAGCGGCAAACCGCUACAGCAGUCAGCGAUAAGGAGUCGGAGGCGGUAUACGAAUCUCUUUCGUCUUCUCCUUCCCACUCGGGAUCAGAAGAGGAGGUUGAUCAGAGCCCUGCCCAGCCGGUUGUUGUUUCGAGCCCGAACACAGACGUUAGUCCUGACAACAGUGGCGGCGGGAGGGGGAAGACGCCUAGUGCUGCUUCGGGGGGGAGGAAGACGCCCACGCCUAGUGUUGUUGGGAGUGUUACCGGUCCCAAGACACCACCACCGCAACCACCACCACCACCGGGGAGGAAGACUCCCGAACCGCCCAAAACCCCGCCUGGGAGAACACCUGGGGGAAACACACCAAGGCAAAGCACACCUGGUCGUGGUGGCGCGGGGGGGCUGGUGACGCCUGUUACUCUUGGGGGGGCGAGGAAGAAGAAUGUGGUUAGUGUUGCUGGGUCUAACCUUGGUCCUGGGGGUGAUGUUUCUGCUGCUGCUCUUCCUGGUGUUGGUGUCGGAGGGGGGGUUAAUGCAUUCACCCGAACCGGUGGUGUUGUUGUUGCUGCUGCUGCUGCUGCUGGGGGGAGAGCAACGGGGGCUACUCCCACUGCGGAGUCGGAUCUGUAUUGGACGGGGUAUGUGGCUCAUUCUGCGCGGCGGGCAGUGACGGAGCCGGACGGGUUGGACCCGCCUGCUGAUGUGAUGGAGAUGGAUACGAGCGAUGAAUCGGAUGCUAGUUUUGAUGGUGGUGGUGAUGGUGGUGGUGGUGGUGGUGGUGGUGGGCCGGGUGGGGAUGAUGGGGCGAGGAAGAAGAAGGUGUGGGCGGAGGAGGGGAUGCGAAAGGCGGUUAGGGAGAGUGAGUUGCCUGCGGUGAGGUAUGACGAGAAUGGGAAUGUGAUUCCUGAUCUGGAGAGGGAGAAGAAUAGGAGGAGGUUGGGGUUGGGGGAGGUGUUUAAUGAUAACAAGGGGUUUUAUAAAGCUGUUAAGGAGUUGAUGCAGAUGGGGGUUUUUGGACAGAAAGAGACUGAGGCGGUGGUGAGGGCGUGGAGGGAGGGGUUGGGGUUGGGAACAGUGGGUAAGGAUAGGAAGGAGAGGGAGCAGUGGAAAAAAGAGUGGGAGGGGAUGAAGAAUGUAAAGUGGGAUAAGUUGAAUGGGAAAGAGUAUGGGAGUAUGAAGAAGAAGGAGUGGAAGCUAAAGGGGCAGAGGAAGGGGGUGUCGAAGCUGUUCAGGGAUAAGGUUGUUUUUGGGGAGUUUGGGACGCAGGUUGAGACGGCUCAUACUUGGUGGGGGAGGUAUGGGAAGGUGCCGACACGGUUGGUGAGGGAGUUUAGGGGGACGGGGGCGGGGUGUAGAUUGCAGGGCUUGACGUGGGAGGGGAGGCUGACCAAGACAGAUUUCGAGAUCUUCUUGAGAAAGUGGUUGGAGUGGAGGUAUGGGAGGUUUAUGGAGGAUAGGGGGGCUUCGAGAAGAAAGAGGAGGGCGCAGGAGAGGGUGGAGAGGAGAGAGAAGAAGAGGUUGAGGGAGGAUUGGCAGUUGGCUUUUCUAUCUUUUUGA